AUGCUAUACCCCCCGCGACUCCCCCUCUGGGCCGUCCCAGCGUCCUCCCGGCCCUCCCGCCUACUCCCCACGCUGCACCUCACCGUACCCUUCGUCCUUCUUUUUGACCUCGGGAUCCUGACGACGUUUACGCUCAUACUACUCACACUGCCCUUCGCCUACCUCCCACCAACGCGAUUGGCGUACCUUGCGGCGGGAAAGGCGACAUUCGGGCGGGUUCUGACCCUGAUGGUCCAGUGGUUCUCGCCCACGGAGCUGGUGAUUAGUGCAGGAGAGGGGAUCGAUGCGGCGAAACUGGUGGAGCGGGACCAAGACGGCCGGGUACGGAAGGUGAACUUGCCGACGAAAGGCGUCUGGAUCUCCAAUCACACAACGCUCGCCGACUGGCUGUACCUCUGGGACUUUGCCUACCUCGCAGAUCACUCCUCGAGCAUCUACAUCGCCCUGAAGUCCUCGUUGCGCCAGAUUCCGAUCAUCGGCUGGGCAGCCAGCUGGUUCGGCUUCAUCUUCCUCGAACGACGCUGGGCGUUGGAUAGGGCGCCUUUCCGCCGCCAGCUCAAGCGGAUCGCGCAGGAAACGAACCGCGGCGGCAAAGACCAGAAGCUUGCGCUCCUUAUCUUUCCGGAGGGUACAAUCGUGACGGCGAACACUCGAGGCAUCUCCUCGAAGUUUGCCGAGAAGACUGCUGUUUCCGACUACGAACACGUGCUCCUGCCCCGCUCGACUGGCCUGUUCUUUGCACUUCGGCAACUCGCCCCUUCCAUCCCGAACCUCUCGCUCGUCGACCUCACGGUCGGCUACCCUCUUCCCCGCCGAUCACCUCCCGCAGACGGGAAGCCCGCCUCGCCUCUCUACGCAUCCGACUACUACACCCUCCCCUCGAUCCUCCUCUCGCACGUCCCCCCGCCCGAACUGCACGUCCACAUCCGCGCCUUCCCGGUGUCGUCCAUCCCGCUCGGCGACUUGAGCACGAUGGAGCACAACCCGGACGACGAGGGUUCGGAGGAGGAGAAGCGGGCAUUUGAGGAGUGGCUGCGGAAACGGUGGGAGGAGAAGGACCAGCUGAUGGAGAGGUUCCGAACCAAGGGCAGCUUCCUCGAGGAGCCUCGGUCGCACGGGUCGAGGGGAGCGGCUGAACAGGACGAGGACGAGGACGACGAGGAUGAGCGGAGACCGGGGGAGCAUGUCUGGCCCAUCCGCCUCCGACACCCGCUCGAACCGCUCCUCGCCUUUUCCCUCUUCCUCCCCUUCCUCGCCCUCUACGGCAUUUGGCGAGGUCGCUGGGUCGCAGCGGGUUUGCUUGUAAGCGGUUUGAGGUACGCCGUCGGGCGAGGCGGCGAGGCGGCGGCAACCAAGUCGUGCGGGUGCGGUAAGAUGGUGGUCAAGACCGACUUGUAG